GCACCUAAGAGCCAUUGUCUCCCGGUGAUACCUUGGACUUGUCUUGUUAAUCUGCUUGUCGUUUGCGGUUUCCCCAAGCUGCUAUAUCAAUCCGCCACCAUGCCCGUACCUCAACACCGGAAGUCCCACUACCUUCUUCCGCUCAACAGCAUGAUAUUCAAGUCGAAGUCGUCCUCCAACUUACCAUCGACCGAACAGCGCAACAUCCACACGAAGUCGACGACCACCCUCCAUCGCCUAUCUAUGAUCGAACAGCCAGAUGAGGAACUCACUGCCCUGCCGCUCGCCCCGCCGAACAAGCCCAUCCGUCGCACGCCGAAGAAUCACGACCCAGCAAUCUCCUCACUUCGAUCACGCGCCUCAACCGAGCACCUAGAGACCGUUCCACAUCCGGCGCUUAGACCUUCUAGGAGCAUGGGAGAUCUGAGGGAUGGCGACUUGAAGGAUGACAAGAAAUUGGAGUCGAUCUGGCGACGCUUCAUCCUGGCACUCAAGAAGCCUUUCCGCAAGGGAAAGGAACCGGUCGCAGAACCAAGGGAGAUGGUCAUCGGCGGACCCACCGACUUCAAGCACCUGCAGACCGGAACUGCUUGCCUACCUGGCAACCCCACAUUGCCCGCACCUGACAAUAACGACCCUGAAGAUCAGACUUCCUCCGGCGAUUGGGAGACGGUUCGCCAGUCCGAGUCUACCUUCCGCCGGGAGGAGUCUUUCCAACGUCAACUCUAGUGUCUGGUUCUUCCUUCGAUUCUCCUUCUAAACUUCAAC